AUGGUGAGAUAUUCAUUUACUUUGUUUCAUUUUUCAGUCCCUCCAAGUCCAAGUCCGGUGAGGGGUGUUUUAGAUAAUUCAGUCUCAGUCUCAGUCUCCACCAUCCCUUCCUCACCUAUAAACAAGGAAGAAGAAGUCGGAGGAUUCCCUGUUCGUAAAUCAUCUCCUGCCCUUAGUGAAUUUGGAUUAAGGAAUCUCGGGAAGGGUAGUUUGACCAGUUUGACAAGUCAAUCUUCAGUUACUGUCCAUAUCAACCCUACGAAUAGUAACAUUAUUUCUACCAAUAAUGCCCUUGGUGUUGGUCAAGCUUCUGAAAUGGCUAAGAGGCCUAUGUUAGGGACAGAUGAGAGAAUGGUUCAGCAACAUCCUCCUGUUUCAUCUUUGAGUAGCAGAAUGAUGUUGCCACAAAGUGGUGUCAAAAGUACUAAUGGUGAUAAUGGAAAUGGUGGUGAGGGUGGUGGCAUGGGCACAAGAGUCUUUUCACCUUCUGGUGUUCCUGGCAUUCAGUGGAGACCUGGUAUUUCCUUCCAAACUCAACACGAAGGGGGACACUUCCGUGGAAGAACUGAAAUAGCACCAGAUCAAAGAGAGAAAUUUUUGCAGAGAUCCCAACAAGUACAACAAAGAAGCAGCACCCUUCUUGGUAUGCCUCCUAUUUCUGGAGGAACAAGUCAAUGA